CCCGCAUCCCCGCCACGACACGUCCAUAGCUCCGCAGCUACAGCUACAGCCACGAACACGACCAUAGCACUCACAUCCGCAAUGAACCCACACAUAUCCCUCCCCCGACCAACAGGCGGCCCCUCCAACUUUGGCUCCACAGCACCCUCGCGACGAAAUGAAGCCCGCAUGCCACGCUUCUUCAAGCGCCUAUUCAAGUUUCCGCAGAUGGACUUUGAGAUGGCCAUAUGGGAGAUCAUGAGCCUGAUAAUCGCGCCCAAGAAGGUCUUUCGCCAGAUAUACUACCACAAACAAACAACAAAAACAUACCAUCGCCCCGACCCCUCCUUCACAUACCUCCUCUCCCUCUUCCUGACCGUCACAUCCCUCGCCUGGGGCUUCGCGUAUGCAGACGGCUUUACACAAACCCUACACAUCACCCUCGUCUUCAUAUUCGGACACUUCCUCCUACUCUCCCUGCUCAUAGCAACACUAUUCUACUUCCUCGUCGGCCGGCUCCUGGGGCCUGGAAACUCACUACUCCCCGGGCGGCGACGGGGCCUAUACGAUCUCGGGGCAGAGGGCAAGGAAGAGCUAGAGUUCGGAUACUGCUGGGACGUGGCCAUACGCGCGUUUGUACCGGUGUGGUUGUUUCUGUAUGUGGUGCAAUGGUUGUGUAUGCCACUCGUGGGGACGGAUCAUUGGGUAUCACUCCUCCUCUCAAACACCCUCUACCUCCUCGCACUAAACUACUACUUCAUCAUUACGUUCCUGGGGUACAACGCCCUGCCGUUCCUCCACCACACGGAGCUUCUGCUCGUCCCCAUUGCCGUAUGCACAAUACUCUGGUUCGCAUCUUUGUUCGGCUUCAACAUGUCGAGACAUUUCGCGCCGGUGCUAUGGGCAGGUGCGAGAUUGCGGAAGGCUGUUUGAAACUGGGUUCAACGAAUUUAUGUAGCAAGAGACAAAAAGAAAUAGGCGUCAAUAGGAGUGUAGUUGUUUGUAUCUGUAGCACAUUUUGUAUAGCAUUUAGCGGGGUGUUUUCUCCCAUCUGAUGACAGCUUCGCAUAGCGGUAUCAUUCCAAUAUGAAACCAUCUUGGUGUCAAAAUCGAAU